AUGGAGAGUAAAACGGGCCCAGUGGAAGCCCUAAAGGCUGUGCCUCCAACGUAUAACCUGUCGGAGAAGCGAGCUGCAAUUGCCGGCCCUUCGGGGUUCAAGGGUCUCAUUGGCAACAAGAAGACCUUUUCUAUUGGCUUGUUUGCUUCUCUUGGAGGCCUUGUCUAUGGAUACAACCAGGGAAUGUUCGCUCAGGUCUUGACCAUGACAUCUUUUAUCAACAAGACUCAAGGAUAUGCUGCCACAACCGGUACUGGACAAGGUCUCUUGACAUCUGUUCUAGAAUUGGGUGCUUGGGUCGGCACCCUAUUCAACGGCUACCUUGCAGAUGCGGCCGGUCGUCGCGCCACAGUGUGCAUCGCUGUCGCAGUCUUCUGCGUGGGCGUAAUUGUACAAGCUUGCGUUGAGAACAAGAACUACAUUUUCGCUGGCCGUUUCGUGACCGGUUUGGGAAUUGGUAGCUUGAGUAUGGUUGUACCGCUUUACAACGCUGAACUGGCUCCACCCGAGAUCCGUGGCUCACUUGUCGCCAUCCAACAAUUAUCCAUCACAUUCGGAAUCAUGGUCAGCUUCUGGCUCGGUUACGGUACCAACUUCAUUGGCGGCACUGGCGAGGGACAAUCUGAUGCUGCCUACCUAAUUCCCAUCUGCAUCCAAAUCCUACCCGCUUUGGUUCUGGCAGCUGGAAUGCUCCUGUUCAUGCCACAGUCUCCACGUCACUUGAUGAACAAAGGUCGUGAGGAUGAGUGCCUGACCACCUUGGCUCGUCUCCGCGGUUGUUCGCAGGAUGAUAUCACGGUCCGAGUAGAGUUCUUGGAAAUUAAAGCUCUUUAUUUGUUUGAAAAGGAGACAUCGGCUCGGAAGUAUCCUCAGUGGCAGGAUGGGUCCACUAAGAGCAACUUUAUGAUUGCGCUCAACGACUACAAGUCUCUUAUCACCAACAAAUCUCUAUUCAAGAGACUUUCGGUUGCUUGCAUGGUCAUGACUUUCCAACAAUGGAAUGGUAUCAAUGCGAUCAACUACUAUGCGCCCUUCAUUUUCGAGGACAUGGGAUUCACCGGUAACUCCGAAAGUCUCCUUGCGACUGGAGUUGUAGGCGUUGUCGAAUUCCUUGCCACAAUCCCUGCAGUGUUAUUGGUCGACAAAAUCGGUCGUAAAAAGAUCCUCAUUACCGGUGCCAUUGGUAUGGCUGUCUGCCAUUUCAUUGUUGCGGGUAUUAUCGCAAGCUAUACCGGCAAUUGGGGCGACAACCGUGCCGCUGGUUGGGCGGCUGUGGUAUUUGUGUGGAUCUAUGUCAUUAACUUCGCCUACUCAUGGGGACCCUGUGCAUGGAUUGUCGUGUCUGAAGUCUUCCCUCUGAGUAUGCGUGCGAAGGGUGUGUCCGUUGGUGGAAGUUCCAACUGGCUUAACAACUUUGCUGUCGCUAUUUCAACCUCCAAGUUCAUUUCGAAGACUUCCUACGGAGCAUUUAUUUUCUUUGGUAUUGUGACCACGAUUGGUGCUCUUUAUGUGCAUUUCCUUGUUCCAGAGACCCGCGGUCGCACAUUGGAAGAGAUGGACGAAGUCUUUGGCGCGACGAGCUUUGCCGCAGAGGAUGAGAGUACGAGACUGCGCAUUGAGCAAGAAAUUGGGCUGUAUGCCCUUCUUGGCGAGGGAGAGCUCGUCGAGUCUGAGAAGGUAAAGACCGAGUUUGAACAUGCCGAGCCUGUCUCAGAACCUGUUUCUUGA